CAGGCGUCCACGCCCGGAUCUUCCCGCCCGCCCCCUCUAGGGGGCUCUGCUCCCACCCGUCCAACCGUCCAGUCACUUGGCGUCUCGUCCUCCCGACUUCCCGCCCGCUCUCCACUUGGCGCCUCAUCGUGUGCCCCCUCCCGAACUCCCCUCCAGUUUGCUCCGUAGCCCCACCUCACACCAUAUAACCCCUCUCCACCUUCCUGGGCCGUUGCCCCUUCACCCGGUGUGCCUGUCCCUGUCUUCCCGCCUGAUCCCUGGUGGCGGUCUGUUCUCACCGACGACGCCCAUCCAGUCUCCGCUCCUCCAGGUCCCUUGCGGAGUCCUCCCGCCCACCGUACCUCGUCCUCCGGACCCCUCUCGGGCCUGACGUCCUCGCUCUCCACCCCCUCGCCCCCAUGGUCCCAGAGCCCGGCCCCGCCAACAACAGCACCCCGGACUGGGGGUCGCGGCCGCCUUCGGACCCCGCAGGCAGCGGCUGGGUGGCGGCCGCGCUGUGUGUCGUCAUCGCGCUGACGGCGGCGGCCAACUCGUUGCUCAUCGCGCUCAUCUGCACGCAGCCCGCGCUGCGCAACACGUCCAACUUCUUCCUGGUGUCGCUCUUCACCUCGGACCUGAUGGUGGGGCUGGUGGUGAUGCCGCCGGCCAUGCUGAACGCGCUGUACGGGCGCUGGGUGCUGGCACGCGGCCUCUGCCUGCUCUGGGCCGCCUUCGACGUGAUGUGCUGCAGCGCCUCUAUCCUCAACCUCUGCCUCAUCAGCCUGGACCGCUACCUGCUCAUCCUCUCGCCGCUGAGCUACAAGCUGCGCAUGACGCCCCCGCGCGCCCUGGCGCUUGUCCUGGGCGCCUGGAGCCUGGCCGCGCUCGCUUCGUUCCUGCCCCUGCUGCUGGGCUGGCACCAGCUGGGCCGCGCGCGGGCCCCUGCCCCGGGCCAGUGCCGCCUGCUGGCCAGCCUGCCCUUCGUCCUCGUGGCCUCGGGCCUCACCUUCUUCCUGCCCUCGGGCGCCAUCUGCUUCACCUACUGCAGGAUCUUGCUGGCCGCCCGCAAGCAGGCGGUGCAGGUGGCCUCCCUCACCACCGGCAUGGCCGGCCAGGCCUUGGCGACGCUGCAGGUGCCCAGGACCCCACGCCCAGGGAUGGAAUUGGCUGACAGGCGUCUGACCACCAAGCACAGCAGGAAGGCCUUAAAGGCCAGUCUGACACUGGGCAUCCUGCUGGGCAUGUUCUUUGUGACCUGGCUGCCCUUCUUUGUGGCCAACAUAGCCCAGGCUGUGUGCGACUGCGUCUCCCCAGGCCUCUUCGAUGCCCUCACGUGGCUGGGUUACUGUAACAGCACCAUGAACCCCAUCAUCUACCCACUCUUCAUGCGGGACUUCAAGCGGGCCCUGAGUAGGUUCCUGCCGUGUCCCCGCUGCCCCCGGGAACGCCGGGCCAGCCUGGCCUCACCCUCUAUGCGUACCUCUCACAGCGGCCCCCGGCCGGGUCUGAGCCUGCAGCACGUGUUGCCACUGUCCUUGCCACCGGACUCCAAUUCUGACUCGGGCUCAGGCUCCGGUGGUUCAUCGGGCCUGCAGCACACGGCCCAGCCGCUGCUGCGUAGAGAGGUCCCCCGGGACCCCCCGCCCUCUGCCAGGGUUGCUGCUGUGGUCAAUUUCUUCGACAUCGAUCCGGUGGAACCCAAGCUGCAGCUGCAUCCACUUGGUGCUCCCACGAACUGACCUGGGCUUGGAGCUGGUCAGUGGGGAGCUGAACCGGAUGGGACCAAGUCCCCAAGGCCUUGGACUGGCUCUGGGCUAAGGCUGGAGGCUGCAGGUCUCCUGGGAGCCCUCUGAGUUCCGGUGGGGUGCAUCGAGCCAGCCCCCACUGCCCACUCCCUGGGAUAAAAACUGGCUCAGAUACUGUUUCCUCCAGGAUGCUCCAUUGCUGAGUGUUACCCGUGGAUGUGUGUGGAGGUGGCUGGGGGACUGUGGCAGAGGGGAAAAGGACCUCUUGGUUCAGGUUGGGGGGAAGACAGCCAUCUCCUUUGACAUUCUAGGAGACUGUAGGGAAGGGAUGCCUCUGUCUGCAGAGGUAGAUUAGUGCUGAGCUGAAUCCCUCACUCCUCAAAAAGUGUAAUCCGUGGGCCACCAGCAUUAGUGUCACCUCCCUGCCAUCUGUUACAAAUGCACACCGGUACCCACGCCCCCACCCAAGACCUGCUGAGUCAGAAUCUGCAUGUUAGCGAGAGCCGCGGGGUGAACUGUGUGCACAUUACAGUCUGAGAUGUGCUGGCUGGGAUGAUCGUUAGCCCUGAGGAUGAUUUGCCGUUCAGUCUGGCCACUGCCUGCAGGAUGCACAGAAAAACACCUGCCCCGGGUGUCAGGAAGGCAUACGUUUGAAUCUCUGCUCCACUACUCCUGGCUCUUACACGAGUUCUGUAACCUCUCUGAGCCUGAUGUUCCGUGUGCAAAGUGGGGUAACAGUGCCUGCCUCCUAAGGUGUCAUGAGAAUUAGGGCAGCAUGUGUGGAGCAGAACAGGCAGAACCCGCAGGUGGUGCUGCUGUAGGUGGUACCUGCUGUUGUUAGAACUCCUGGCCCAGAUCCCACCCCCUGACUAUGGCUCCCCGACUUCUAGCUCUGGAUGCUGAGUGGGGCUCCCGUGUCCACUCCCAGGCUGCGGCCCUACCUCUCCUGGGGGCCAAGUGGGUGCAGGUGGUUUCUUGCUCAACACCAGGAAUAGGUUUCCCUUCAUCUUGGACUUCCUUGGACCUAGAAGGGAGCCAACUGAUGGGGGACAGGCCAGCCCAUUGCCCCACCUCCUUCUGGCAUUCCCUGGGUCAGUGAGGGAAACAGUGGUGGCCCCUCAGUUCAGCAGAGUGGAAGAGCCAUCGCUGGUGUGGGUUACUGCCCUCGGGCAGGUAGGUGGACCCUGGCACAGGAGCCUGGGUUGCCUUUGAGGCGGGGGGACUCUUGGUCUCCACAGUUCACCUGCCCUAAGUUCUUUUUCAGUCAGAGGCCUGCCUCCCCAGUUUCCACCAACCCAAAUUCCCAGGGGGCCCUCCAUGGCGGCCGGGCGCUCUCCUUGGUGCUGAUUAGAGUCAACUCUGGCCCUGGCCACCAGCCACAGAGGGGUCAUGGUGCUUGUUGGGGCUUCCCCUCAGCCCCCAGGCCUGCCUGAGUGGACUCCCAAUAAACACUACCUGAGGCAGUGACCAUGGUGUGGACUGGAUUUGCUUGAGGGGCCCCUUGGGAUGGACAAGCAGCUGGUGAAGUAGGUUGAGACCCUGGGCGAAAUGGGCU